AGGAGGAGAAGGAGGAGGGAAGAAACGAGAAGGGCGAAUGGCUAACCAGCUGCCAUUUAACGGAGGUCCUCAGCAAGGAUAUGCGGGCAGUAUGAUCAACCAGCCUGGAGCUGUGUCGUGCUAUCUCUGCGGGAAGAUCGGGCACUAUGCCCGGAAUUGUUGGAGCGCAGGCAACGGGAGACCUCCGUCUAAUCCGGCCCAGACUCCAGUGCCAGCUCAGAACGAUGAAGUUACAACUGAAAUGCGGGAAUAUUUCCGGAAGAAGAUCCGAAAGCAGAAGUUGGAAGAAGAAAGGAGAGAAGUGGAAAUGGAAGAUAGCAAAAAGAAGGAAGAGGAGGAAAGAAGAGAAGCGGAUAGGCUGAGAGAAGCUGACGCACGUGAGGCUCGUCUCGAGUCGAGACUGAUUCGGCUAAUGUCGCAGCAUAUAAAGACCUCGAGCGGACCGGCGUUACCAAUCAAGAAAAAGUCACCUACCACGAAAGCGAGAGUAUUGAAGGAGAUCACCAGCUACCUAGAAGAAUCGAAAGAUGAGAGUGAAGAAGUGAAACAGGAAGCAGCGAGACUGAUCGACGCUAUCGAAAAAAGGAAAAGUAAGAAGAAGAAGGAGAGUUUGGAGUUGAGGAUGUCGAGGGCUCCUCCUCGAAGAGGUACUCAGCCAACACCGAUUAUGGUAGAUGAGUUGGCGGAGGAGGUACGUACUCCUCCGAGAAACCGGGGGGCGGGAGAUAUUUUGGAUUAUGCCUUGGAUCUGCAUCGGAAAUUUUUGGCAAAAAAGGUUCCCGAAUUGAAGGAAUUGUGCAAUUCUGAAGGCAUCGAAUGGACGAAACGCGAUACGGUGAUCGGAGAGCUCGUAAAAUGCCGUAUGAAAUUGGUCUACGAAAGUGAGGCGGCGCACCUCUCACCUCUAAGCGGAAGGUAAGCGGGACAGUAUGGAGUACUCGCGGCAGCUCAUGAG